AUGAAUACUGCCCAACAGAACGCUAACCAAGAGACCCGUUCGUAUAUCGUGGCUGAUAAAACCUACCAGCACCCCAACGCUUGGGCAAGUUUGGAUCGCGCGGAAGCCACUUAUACACCGAUCGAUUUGGAAGUUGCCGAAGUGCUCCACCAAGCAAUCAAGAACAUACUUGCUAAAGCCGAGGAAAAAGAAGAAGGAAACCAGAAACAGCUAGCUAAUGGAGAAGAAGCAGAAAAAGAGAAUCGAUUGGCGCCCGGCGUUCAAGCAAAUCCUGAUGCGCUUGCCCCCGGUAGUGUGGCAGAUGAGCUUCCAUCCCCAGCCCCCGUCAACCAAGCCGACGAGGCUUCAUCGUCAUCUUCAGCCGCGCAACACCAAAACCAAUCACGUUGCUUUCCCAGCUGGCGCGCCAAGUUUUCUAACCGGCCAACCGAUAGGCCUUCAACUUCAUCUUCCGGUAUCCAAUCCAAAAACCAAUCGGCUCGUUCCACAGAGAAAAAGUGGCUUCGAAUAGUUAAGAUAAUAGGAGAUUUCUCUGAAGCGCUAUCAAGCCUCUCCUUUUUAUCUUGA